UGUUAUAUACUUCAGAUGAUAAAAAGAUAUUACCAAAUACACAUACUUAUUUGCUACUUGCUAAUACUGUGGACUGUUGAAUAUGUAUUUCCUACUUCUUGUCAGCGUACUCGUGUUUUCUCCUGUUGUUGUUUGUGUUGACAUAAUUGGACCUACACAUCGAGCUAUUUGGGGAACGUGGGGUAGUAUGCAGUAUUGUCCAAAAGGUUCAUAUGCUGCCGGAUAUGUUAUGAAGAUUGAGCCAAAACAAGGGGACCGGGAUGAUACGUCACUUAAUGGAAUUAUGCUUGUGUGUUCGUCACUAGAAGGUGGACUAUUUGGUGGAACAAUCACUUCAACUGUUGGACGGUUUGGAGACUGGGGUGAAGUUAUUAUUUGCCCUAAAUAUAUGUUUCUGAAAGAGUUUGCGUUACAAGUUGAAGAGUACCGACAUAAUGGGGACGACACGGCUGCGAACUAUAUUAAGUUCAGAUGUGGACGUAUGGAUUCUGGAGAUUCUGGAUCGUGUAACUACGAGAUUGCACUAACGCCUGGAUAUGGGUUUUGGGGGGUUAUUAGUGGAUGGAGUAGGGCAUGUCCACCAAACUCUGCAAUAUGCGGCAUACAGACUAAAGUGGAAGAUUAUCAACGUAACGGAGAUGACACCUCUCUUAAUGAUGUAAAGUUCAUGUGUUGCAAUGGUGAUUCUUGGAAAAAGUAAACUUUAAAUUUUUUAGGUAGAACACCGCUUAGGAACUAAAAAGUUGACAAUAUUGCACAGUUAUAUGCCUUACAGGACACCUUUAUACACAUUUUUAAGAAAAUUUAGCGUAUGGUUAAUGGACAUUUUUCUGAACUAAAACUUGGCUAUUAGAAGGACUCAUUUUCAGCAUUGAGGAAACUCUAAAUAAUCUAUAAUAUCAUAAUUAUGAAAACUUUUUUUUAUUGAUCAUUGUUAAGAAACAAAUAAUAGCAUUCAGGAAAUAAAUCACAUGUGAAAAAUAAUUGUAUUUACACAAAAAUGUUUGUAAUAUGUAUAAAAAUAUUACCCUACCCCACCCAAUUUUCACACUCUUAUGAUAAUUUACCUUAAAAAUUAAAAAGCUUUAUUCAAAAUAUUUCUAAAAUUUGACACAAUGAGGAGUGGUUUCUAGAGUUUGUCAAAAUUUUCUUAAAAGCAUUUUGAUUGAUGUUGCAAAAUAUUAAAUACUUUUACUAUGUAGUUCUUAUUUUAUAAGACUUUAAAAAUGAAUUGUAUCAUAUUUGCUUUAAAAUUUAGCAUUAUUUAGCCAAUAAAUACCUUCAAUCAUUAUAUAAA